AUGCACGCCUGGUUCUCCUCGCUGAACUUCGCAGAGCUGGAGGAAUUCAAGGUGCCCGCGCCCUACAAGCCGGCGAUGAAGGGCGACAACGACGUGUCGAACUUCGAGGACAUCCCCGAGUCCAAGGACGUUUCCCCGGCCGUGACCGGCGCCACGGACCACGACCCCUUCACAGAUGGUGAGCCGGAGCCCGCCGCGGCCGUGCUCCGCGUCCGGUUUCACAGCGUCCAGGAGGAGAGGGGAGGAGGCCUCGGCUGUGGCGGCGGCUCCCGGGGGUGCCAUUCGCGCCCCUUUCCGGGCGCGCACUCUUUUUGUGCAGCGCGUGAGUCGGGCCCGAGGCGGCCGACCGCCUCAUCGGGCCGAGAGGCCCGGGGCGGGGCGGCCCUUCGCUUCUCGCGGCACCCAGCACCGCGGGAGCAGGAGGAGGAGGAGGAGGAGGAACCAACCGUCAGAAAGCAAUUAGGACGUGCCACGUGA